UGCAAAAGAAGAGCGGAACAGCCCCACAGAAUCCUAAAGAUGACCAGGAUUUUGUCCGUGUUUAAGGCUGUCAGGGCCUUAAAAGAUGGGGCUGGGGUUCUCAACACAGCUGCCCAUCGUCAAUUGGGCUUUUCAAAGGCUGGAGUCCGGUUCAUGAGUGUAAAGGCUCAUACUGCUAAUUUAGUGCUUGAAGAUGGAACAAGGAUCAAAGGAUACUCUUUUGGGCAUCCAGCCUCUGUAGCUGGAGAAGUCGUUUUUAACACUGGCUUGUCAGGGUAUGUGGAAGCGAUCACAGACCCAAGCUACCAUGGCCAGAUUCUCACCCUUACCAACCCAAUCAUUGGAAAUGGAGGAGCACCAGACACCAAGGCGGUGGAUUCAUAUGGUCUCAUGCAAUUCCUUGAGUCAGAGAAUAUUCAGGUUUCUGGCUUGUUGGUUCUCGAUUACAGCCAUGAGUACAGUCACUGGAGAGCCGUCAAGUCUCUAUCAGAAUGGCUGCACGAGGAAAAGAUCCCUGCACUUUGUGGAAUUGACACAAGAAUGCUGGCUAAAAAGAUUCGAGACAAGGGCACAGUGCUGGGAAAAAUUGAAUUUGAAGGACAGCCUGUGGAGUUUGUAGAUCCUAACGUAAGGAACCUGAUUGCUGAAGUAUCAACAAAGGAGGCCAAAGUUUUUGGCAAAGGGAAUCCAGUGAGAAUCGUGGCCGUGGACUGUGGUGUCAAGCAUAACAUCAUCCGCCAUCUGGUGAAGAGGGGAGCAGAAGUACAUCUUGUUCCAUGGAACCAUGACUUCUCCAAAAUGGAAUACGAUGGGCUUUUUAUUACAAGUGGACCAGGAAACCCAGAGCUUGCACAGCCACUCAUUCAAAACCUCAAAAAGGUCUUCAAGAGUGAUCGACCUGAGCCAGUGUUUGGUGUCUGCAUGGGAAAUGAAAUUGCGGCUUUAGCAGCAGGUGGCAAAACUUACCGGCUGCCCAUGGCAAACAGGGGACAGAAUCAGCCUGUUAUGAACACAAUGAAUGGUCAAGCCUUUAUCACUGCCCAGAACCAUGCCUAUGGUGUAGACAGCAAAUCUCUGCCUGCGGGAUGGAAACCACUGUUUGUGAACAUCAAUGAUCAGAGCAAUGAGGGAAUUAUGCAUGAGACCAAACCAAUUUUCACAGCACAGUUCCACCCUGAGGCCAACCCUGGACCCACUGACACAGAGUUCCUUUUUGAUGUUUUUAUGUCAAUGAUAAAGAAGGGUAAAGGCACUACUUUGGCUUCAGUAAUGCCCAAACCAGGCCUGGAAUCUAAACGGAUUGAGGUGUCUAAAGUCCUUAUCUUGGGCUCUGGAGGUCUUUCCAUCGGACAGGCGGGAGAGUUUGACUAUUCUGGAUCUCAGGCUGUGAAGGCUAUGAAGGAAGAGAAUGUAAAAACGGUUCUCAUGAAUCCCAACAUCGCUUCGGUGCAGACCAAUGAGGUUGGCAUUAAGCAGGCCGACACAGUAUAUUUCCUGCCCAUUACACCACAGUUUGUCACUGAGGUCAUCAAGACGGAAAGACCCGAUGGUAUCAUUCUGGGCAUGGGUGGCCAGACUGCCCUGAAUUGUGGUGUGGAGCUGUUCCAGCGAGGAGUGCUGAAAGAAUACGGGGUCAAAGUUCUCGGAACCUCUGUGGAGUCCAUCAUGGCCACAGAAGACAGGCAGCUUUUCUCUGACAAAUUGACAGAGAUUAAUGAGCACAUUGCUCCGAGCUUCGCUGUGGAAUCGGUGAACGAUGCACUGGACGCAGCAGAAAAAAUUGGCUAUCCUGUCAUGAUUCGAUCUGCGUAUGCUUUGGGUGGUUUGGGGUCAGGACUAUGUCCAGACAAGGAAACACUCACUGACUUGGCAACAAAGGCCUUGGCAAUGACCAACCAGAUUCUAGUGGAGCGUUCCGUUGUUGGCUGGAAGGAAAUUGAGUAUGAAGUGGUAAGAGAUGCUGCCGAUAACUGCGUCACAGUGUGCAAUAUGGAGAACGUGGAUGCCAUGGGUGUACACACAGGGGAUUCUAUUGUGGUGGCUCCAUGCCAGACGCUAUCCAAUGAGGAAGCCCAGAUGUUAAGAGCCUGUUCCAUCAAGGUCGUGCGCCACUUGGGAAUUGUUGGAGAAUGUAACAUUCAGUUUGCCCUGCACCCAACGUCAUUGGAAUACGUCAUCAUUGAAGUCAACGCUAGGCUCUCCCGAAGCUCUGCUUUGGCUUCCAAGGCUACUGGAUAUCCAUUGGCCUUCAUUGCUGCUAAAAUUGCCUUGGGCAUCCCGCUGCCUCAGAUAAGGAAUGUUGUAUCAGGGAAGACCACAGCCUGCUUUGAACCCAGUCUGGAUUACAUGGUAACCAAGAUACCUCGAUUUGAUUUGGACCGUUUCCACGGAGCCUCUGGAUUGAUCGGUAGCUCCAUGAAGAGUGUUGGAGAGGUCAUGGCCAUUGGUCGUACAUUUGAGGAAAGUUUCCAAAAGGCCCUCAGAAUGUGUCACCCCUCGGUGGAUGGCUUCACCUCCAAUCUUCCACUGAAUAAAUCAUGGUCUGAAGAUGUGAAUCUAAGAAAGGAAAUGGCUGAACCAACUAGCACCCGCGUCUACAGCAUGGCUAAGGCCCUUGAAACUGGCAUCCCUAUUGAUGAGAUCUACAACCUUACAGCCAUCGACAAAUGGUUCCUUUAUAAGAUGCAAGGCAUCCUGAACAUGGAGAAGACUCUCAAAUCAAGCAAAAGUGAGUCUGUUUCUGAAGAGACACUGAGAAGAGCCAAACAGAUUGGUUUCUCUGACCGUUACAUUGGGAAAUGCCUAGGUCUGAAUGAAGCUCAAGCCAGAGAAUUCAGACUGAAAAAGAAUGUCAAGCCUUGGGUGAAACAGAUUGAUACACUGGCUGCCGAGUAUCCAGCGAUAACAAACUAUCUCUACCUCACCUACAACGGCCAGGAACAUGAUAUAAACUUUGAUGACCACGGAAUGAUGGUUCUGGGCUGUGGCCCGUAUCACAUAGGCAGCAGCGUGGAAUUUGAUUGGUGCGCGGUCUCCAGCAUCCGUACGCUGCGCCAACUCGGCAAGAAGACGGUGGUGGUGAACUGCAACCCAGAAACCGUUAGCACAGACUUUGAUGAAUGCGACAAACUUUACUUUGAGGAGCUGUCACUAGAAAGAAUCCUAGAUGUCUUCCAACAAGAGCAAUGCGAUGGCUGCAUCAUAUCAGUGGGAGGUCAGAUCCCCAAUAACAUGGCUGUGCCACUUUACAAGAAUGGUGUGAAGAUCAUGGGUACAAGUCCAUUGCAGAUCGACAGGGCUGAGGACCGAUCAAUAUUCUCUGCUGUUCUUGAUGAACUUCAGAUUCCCCAGGCACCAUGGAAAGCUGUAAAUACCAUGGAUGAUGCUCUCCAGUUUACAAAGACUGUUGGCUACCCCUGUUUGCUCCGUCCUUCCUAUGUACUCAGUGGUUCUGCUAUGAAUGUAGUCUACGGAGAAGAAGAACUGAAAAACUUCCUAGCUGAAGCCACACGAGUCUCACAGGAGCACCCAGUAGUGAUCACCAAGUUCAUUGAAGGAGCCCGAGAAGUGGAGAUGGAUGCUGUUGCAAAGGAAGGACGAGUAAUCUCCCACGCUAUUUCUGAGCACGUAGAAGAUGCAGGUGUUCACUCUGGGGAUGCAACCCUCAUGAUCCCAACACAGUCUAUCAGUCAGGGAGCACUGGAGAAGGUGAAAAUUGCUACAAAGAAAAUUGCAACUGCUUUUGAUAUCUCUGGACCCUUCAAUGUGCAAUUCCUUGUCAGAGGAAAUGAUGUCCUGGUGAUUGAAUGCAACCUGAGAGCUUCCAGAUCUUUCCCCUUCGUGUCCAAGACCUUAGGAGUUGAUUUUAUUGAUGUGGCCACAAAAGUUAUGAUUGGAGAAAAAAUGGAUGAGGCAUCUCUCCCAACCCUGGAGAGUCCCAUUAUCCCUGCAGACUAUGUUGGGAUCAAGGCUCCCAUGUUCUCCUGGCCCCGCCUCCGAGGAGCCGAUCCAGUCCUGCGUUGUGAAAUGGCCUCAACUGGCGAGGUGGCCUGCUUUGGACACAACAUCUACUCUGCUUUCCUGAAGGCCAUGAUCUCUACCGGCUUCAAGCUGCCCCAGAAGGGAAUUUUGAUUGGAAUCCAGCAUUCAUUCCGUCCCCAUUUCCUUGGCACAGCUCAGCAGCUGAAAGAUGAGGGAUUCAAGCUGUACGCUACAGAGGCCACUGCUAGCUGGCUUAAUGCAAAUGAUAUUUCUGCCACACCUGUUCCAUGGCCAUCAGAGGAGUCACUCGCAAGCGACCCUCACACCAUCUACAAGUUGAUCAAAGAAGGCAACAUUGACAUGGUGAUUAAUCUUCCAAAUAACAACACCAAGUAUGUGCAUGAUAACUUUCUGAUAAGAAGGACUGCAGUGGACUGUGGCAUUGCCCUUCUCACCAACUUCCAGGUGGUUAAGUUGUUUGCUGAAGCCAUAAAAUACUCCGGGGACCUGGAUCUCAAGAGCCUUUUCCAUUUCAGACAGUUUGGUGCCGCUAAAUCCAAGUAGGGAAACGCAGCUAUCAUGGAGCAGCUUUGAGAUUUGGAGAGACAAACUAAAUGCUUUCACCUUGUCUUCUGUUUACUUCCAUCUAUGUUUAUUAGAUUAGAGAUACAUUUUUUAGUUUGAUUAUUAAUUUGUUUUCAUGAAUAGUAAUGUCAACUUCUUUUUUUAUAUGCAACAGUAAAGUAAUAAUGUGCAGUCAGCUAAGCAUAUGGCAUUGGGCUGACUAGGCCUUUUGAAGUCCAGAUUUAAGUGCAUAUAUUCCAACAGAAAGAACUAAAAACAAAAAAGUUUUAAUACCUUCAUCUUAACUUUUCCAUGUGAAAUUCACAUACAAAAAAAGGAGGCAUUAGUAAACCCUCAAACAUUCUAUGUUGUAAACUAUAUUAGAAAAACAAACAAAUCAGAUGUUAGUCUUUCAGAAAUAAAAGAUAAUGUCAGAUAAGAGCUAUCUGACCCAUAUAGUCUGCCUAUCUUUUGUAUCUGAGCAUCAUAACCCUACAGCGGCUACAGAGACUUAUGGCACAAAUAACUGGCCUCCCAACGUAAAAUAUAGUCGGACUUCUAAUUGAAAGAAAAGAAAGAAUAAACUAGCAGUUAAAGUUCAACGAAAGUAUUAUGUGUACAGUCCAAGAGUAGAAAACCUCUAUCCACUUUUUGGUUUAUAUGAAAUAAAGCUAAAUAAAUAGAAAGAGCCUCUGGUUUAUUUGAUUAUUUUUUCCUUAAUCUAUAUUUUAAGAAUGUAUUAACUAUUUCACGAUAGUGAUCAUUCUAAAGGGGAUGAUUUACUGUAUUAGGCACCUCAACAUUUUGUUUUGCUGAGUGAUGAAUAGUAACAAAAUGAAGACUUUUGUAAUUACAUGUAAUUUUCAAAAUAAAACAUCUUGGACUUUUUCAGUGGAA